AUUGAAAAGUAUUUAACUAGUGCCCUCGAUCCUCCGCCUCUUUACUCCUCCACUUCUCCACUCCACAAUCUUAUAGCAAAAUGGCCCAAGAACUCACCCACCCAUCCAUCAAGAACGGCUGGUUCGCCGAAACCUCCGACACCAUGUGGCCUGGUCAAGCCAUGUCCUUGAAAGUUGAAAAAGUGUUGCACGUUGAACAAUCCAAGUACCAAGACGUCUUGGUUUUCAAGUCAACCAACUACGGUAACGUCUUGGUCUUGGACAACUGUAUCCAAGUCACCGAACGUGACGAGUUCGCCUACCAAGAAAUGAUCACCCAUUUGGCUGUCAACUCCCACCCUAACCCACGUCGUGCUCUUGUCAUCGGUGGUGGUGAUGGUGGUGUCUUGCGUGAGCUUUUGAAGCACGAGUCCAUCGAAGAAGCUUGGUUGUGUGACAUUGACGAAACCGUCAUUGAAGUCUCCAAGAAGUACCUCCCAGAAAUGGCCAAGUCGUACGCCGACCCACGUGUUCACGUGCACAUUGGUGACGGAUUCAAGUUCCUUGCUGAAUACCAAAACCAAUUCGAUGUCAUCAUCACUGACUCUUCCGACCCAGAAGGUCCAGCUGAAGUUCUUUUCCAAAAGCCAUACUUUGAGUUGUUGAAGAAUGCCUUGACUGAAAAGGGGGUUAUCACCACCCAAGCGGAAAACAUCUACUUGCACAUGGACAUCAUUUCCAAGUUGAAGCAAGACUGUAGCGAGAUCUUCCCAGUGGCCGAGUACGCCUACACCAUGAUCCCAACCUACCCAUCCGGUCUGAUUGGGUUCAUGGUCUGUUCCAAGGACCCUAACGCCGUGGUCAACAAGCCAAUCCGUUUUGAAUGGACCGACGAAUACGUGCGUAAGAACAUGAAGUACUACAACGCCAAGAUCCAUGAAGCCUCCUUCGUCUUGCCAACUUUUGCCGACGAAGUCCUCAACAAGAAAUAAGCUUACUUUUAUAACCUGUAUAUGAUUUUCAUAAACAACU